AUGAUUACUGCUGGUGGAGUGGCGACAACGGACCCGGUCUUCACACGGAGCGAAGGAAUCAACCUUGACGAAUGUCUCCGGUGCAUUCGAUCGUUGGGGCGCUUUCAUGCUCUCUCCUUUGCGCUGAAGUUGCAUGAACCUGCCACAUUCGAAUCGUUGGCCAAUCAACUCCAGGAAACGUACUACAGUGCGCGGCUCGUACCGUGGUAUCAGAAUUUUAUGCAACGUUUGGUUACCAUUUCCAAGGAAGCACUCGAACUCGGCUGUAUGGAAGAUCCCGAUGAUUAUACGGCGAGUUUCAAGCGUGAUGUGCUAACCUUCCUGGACGGCGACAUCUACGGCAUGAUGGUGGAGCUGUCGAAUGCGCGCAACCAUUACUCAGUGUUCACGCACGGUGACUGUUGGUUGCCCAACUUUCUGUUUCAUCCGCAAGACGUUCGCAUGAUCGACUUCCAGAUGGUACGGUGCGGAUCACCCGUGUUAGACAUUAUUAUGUUUGUGUACUGCUGUACCGAUCAGACACUACGUAUGAUGCAUUACGAUCAGCUGCUGAGCACCUACUACCAGAGUUUCAGCGAAAUGUUGACCGAUCUUGGUACUGAGCCCCAGGAAACGUUUCCCGCCACUGCACUAGCGGAAGAAUUGGUACGGUUCGGUCGAUUCGGGUGUGGUAUAGCGGUAGAAGCGAUACCACUUUCGCUGCUCGAUGGUGCCGAUGUGCCGGAAUUGGAUAGCAUCGAGGGUACGGAUGCGGUCCCGCUGGAACAGAUCAUGACGCUGCGUAGUAUCAAAACACGGUACGGACGCCGCCGUUUGCUGGAUGUGUUCCGCCAUGCACGUGGCUGUGGAUAUAUUUGA